UUGUGGUAUUUUGAUAUUAUAGCACGAUUCUCGAUCCAUUUUCACCAUUAUUGAACAUCGUCAAAUAGUUCUUUAGAUAUUUUAUAAGACAAAACAAAAGAGCUAAGGAAAUUAUUUCAAUUGUGAAUUUAUUUUUAACAAACUCAAUUUUAUUGCAAUUUUUAAACUCAACGUUGUUGUGAUCGAACGUUACGACAAUAUUUUCCUGAAAUCAUCAAGAAUACGGUCGUAGUAGCUCUUGAAGGUUGAUUGAAUUUUUCGAUAUUCAAAACACAUUAAAUUAGAGAAAUGUCGCAAACAAACAUGCAGAAAGUCUGCCAACUAUUGAUCUUUGUAAUGCUGAUUGGUGUGUCCGUGUCUCGGCCGAAUGGAAACACCGACAGUCAGGAAUCAUCGGACAAUCAAUUGGGGAUGUCGGAUUUGGAAAAAAAUUCGUAUCCAUUCUAUCGGCCAAUGCAAUCUUUUCAGUAUUUCAACAUGGAUGAGCCGACAGACAGAUAUCAAAUGCAGUUUCGAUCAUUUUAUCCCACAAAUACGCUUGGAAUGAGAGGCGGCAGUGGAGGCAACUUAAAUUUCCCACUAUGGCAGCUUGAUCCAUACCGACAGCUUGUGUCAAAACGUCAAACACGUUAUAGACAAUGCUACUUCAAUCCAAUUUCCUGCUUCAAAAAAUAAAUUUCUUUGGAGAUUUGAACGAUGACCAACAUUUACUUUUUAACACAAUUUGUUCCAAUAACUACAACAAUAAAAACAAUAACAAUUGAUUUUUAAAUCCAACCAUUGUCACAGUCACACCGGUCAAUUAACAUAAGCAUUUCAUUAUAUUAUUCAUUGAAACAAAAUGUUCUCUUUUCAGAUUUUUUUUUAAACUCAAGUCAUUUUUUUAAUAAACAUAUAUUUUUUAAAUGAAUAUCUAAUAUUAUGCCAAAAGCAUUGAUGCGAAAAUCAAAGAUAAUUAAUAUGGAACAUCUUACUAUACGUAUCAAAGAAUAAAAGGAAAAUAAAUAUAAAUUAAUACUGGUUGCCACACUCGUUGUAAUUCAAGAACCGUUUGUCGGAGGUAACAAAGCAUUUUAUAUUUGCACCUCCGAAAAAAAGUGUCUGAUUGUAACAAUUUCGAUGUUUUCAUUAAAAAAAAGUUUGUUUCAACACUCUGAUUUAGAAUAUUAAAACAACCAAAAUGUAUAUACAUCAAUUCAUAGAAGAUUUUACAGAAAAAGAAGAAAAAUAAACAUUCAUUCAAGUUAUAUAAAUACUAUAUGGCAAAUGUGCAUCCAUUACAAUUAAUAUUAUAAUCGAAAAUCAAGAAUUGAAUAGUUGCAAUGUUUCUUAAGAGUUUGAGAAUGGAAUUAAUCCUAUCUCUAUGUGUAUUGUAAUUGUCAAUUAUACUAUGCACAUCAUUUUUAUCUAUUGAAAGCAACUGCGUCCCUUUUUGUCAUCUGAUAUUUGACCGAAUAGGUAAACGUAUAAGUUUUCAAAGCAUAAAAUCCAAUAGCAUUUUCAGUGGACGAUAUGAAUGCAGUCUAUUCACCAACUUUAUUUUUGUUUUAAUUUUACCUAUAGUUACGGACAAAUGUAUUAAAUAAAUCGAUAAUAAUAAGAUGCAA